AUGGCUACUGAAACUAACGUUAAGACCACCACUUGGAGAUUGGUCCAGGUUGGAAGAGUUGUUUUGGCUGAGAAGAAACUCGCUGUUAUAGUUGAGAUUAUUGACCAGAAGAGAGCUUUGAUCGACGGUCCACACAUCCAAAGACAGGCUAUUGGCUUCAGCAAGAUUACCUUGACCCCAUUGGUCUUGGCUGAUCUUUCAAGAGGAUCCAGAACUGCCACUGUGGAGAAGAAGUGGAAGGCUGCUGAUAUUGACGGAAAAUGGAAGAAGACUUCAUGGGCUAAGAAGAUUGCUCGUAAGGAGAGAAGAGCACAGCUUACAGACUUUGAGAGAUUCCAGGUUAUGGUUUUGAAGAAGCAGAGAAACUACGCUGUCAAGAAGGCUUUGGCUAAGGCUUAA